CAACGACCGGCUUCUCCGCUGAGCGUCAGUGCCAUGACAACAGGACGAUGGCUGCGAGCAAGAGGCUGAGAAAUGUGAUUUUAGUGUGAACGAGGAGAAACAAACCGACGGCUUCUGCGGACUGGCUGCUUUGUGUGAAGAGGCAGCAUGUCUCUGUUCAAGGCCCGUGAUUGGUGGUCGGCAGUGCUCGGCGAGGGGGAGGAGUUUGACCAGGGAUGCUUAUGCGUUGGCGAUGUGGACAACAGUGGCAGCGGACAUGACAAGGUGGUGGUGGGCAGCUACAUGGGGAUGCUACGAAUAUUCUCACCUCAUGCCAACAAGUCCACCGAGGGAGUUCCUGUGGAGGCCCAGCUCCUUGAGGUCCAGCUGCAAAACGCCAUCAUCCAGGUGGAAGUUGGCAAGUUUGUCUCGUGUUCAGACCUUCUGCAUCUGGCUGUUCUUCACCCCAGGAAGCUGUCAGUCUACUCCGUUUCAGGCACCGCAGGGAACGUGGAGCACGGUGACCAGUACCAGCUGAAGUUGGUUUAUGAACACAAUCUGCAGAGAACGGCCUGCAACAUGACCUACGGCACCUUCGGAGGGGUUACAGGUCACCACUCUCUGUGUAUCCAGUCUAUGGAAGGGAUGCUGAUGUUCUUCGAGCAGGACAGCUACUCCUUUGGCAGGUUCCUCCCUGGUUUCCUGCUGCCCGGCCCGCUGGUCUACAACCCCAGAACAGACAGCUUCCUCACGGUUUCCGCUGCACGCCAGCUGGAGAGCUACAAGUACGAGACUCUGGCCGUGGCUACAGAGGCAGAGAACCGGCAGGAUCCAGACCUGCCCCUCAAGACUGGAGGCAAGAGGCUGACGCCCGACUGGACGUUUGUCCUGGGAGAACAGGCCCUGGACCUCUGUGUGCCCUCCUUCUCUCACUCCUCCGCCUCCAUCUUUGUUCUGGGGGAGAGGAACCUCUACUGCCUACGUGACAACGGCCAGAUCCGCUUCAUGAAGAAGCUGGAGUUCAACCCCAGCUGCUUCCUGCCGUACACCUCAGUGACCGAUGGCACGACCAACCUGCUGAUGGGUAACCACACCAACAUGCUGCUGGUUUACCAGGAUGUGACUCUGAAGUGGGCGGCCCAGCUCCCCUAUGUGCCCGUGGCCGUUCGCGUCGCCAACUUCCCGGAGUUAAAAGGAGUCGUCAUCAGUCUGAGCUCCGACGGUCACCUCCUGUGCUCCUACAUGGGAACGGACCCCUCCUUCUUCUCCACGCCCAAGGUGGACGCCAGGGAGGCCGACUACGAGCAGGUGGAUGCUGAGAUGAAGAAGCUGCAGAAGUUCAUCAGAGAGGCCACCAGGACUCAGGACAUUCUGCCAAAAACGGACAUUGAGGAGGACCUGAUUGUUACAGCUGCUGUGUCUGCCAACAUGGACAGUGAAUCGCAAGCUCUGAUCCAAGACAUCGACGGUCUGCCUGUCCCUUCAGUGACCAUACAGGUGAAGGUGAAGGCCAGUUCUGUCGUGCAGGCCUCUAAGCUGACCGUCAGCAUUCAGCCUCCUCUGGCUGUCACUCAGGACCAGUUCGUCCUGGAGCCCAUGGGUGUUGGUUCGUCCACUGUUGUGGCGUUUUCAGCUUUCCUCAACGGCCGUUACCCCCCUGCUGACCUGACCGGAGAUGUCACCGUGUCCUACAGCUCACCCACAGGAGUUCCCAGGGUUCUCCAGUCCAGGUUCAGUCUUCCUCUGGGGUUGGUGUGUGUACCUACCUCUCCUGCCAAAACCACCAAGUUUAAGAUCACUGUGGACACCAACCAGGCACCGGUCGACCUCAACUCCAUCUUCCCAGAGUUUUCAGGGAAGUCAGAAGAUAAGGACGGGAACAGUUUGGCUUUCCAGUUCCUGCCAGGAGCCAAAGUUACCGUGCUGGCCUCCAAGACCUCCCAGCGUUACCGUAUCCAGAGUGACAGUUUUGAAGACAUGUGGCUGGUGGUGAAGGAGCUGGUCCGAAGAUUCGACCAGCAUUUCUCCAAGCUGGGAGUGAAAGACUUCAAGAAAAGCUUCAGUGGACCGCUCCCGCUGCAGGAGUACUUCCUGUCCGUAGACCACCACUUCCAGCUGCGUGUCAGUGCUCAGCAGUACCAGGAUCUGCUGUCAGAGCGGGCGGUCCAGUUCAGAGCCAUCCAGCGGCGCCUGCUGACUCGAUUCAAGGACAAAACCCCGGCACCCCUGCAGAACCUGGACACACUGCUGGACGCCACUUACAGCCAGGUGAUGGCGCUGGCGGAGGCUGCGGAGGAGAACCGGGCGCUGCUGGAGGAGGCGUUCGUCCGCCUGCGGAGCGCCACGCACCUGCUGGUGCUGCUGAUGUCGCUGUGGCAGGGCCUGACCCCAGACCAGACCGCCAUCCUGGAGGCCACGCUGCUGCCGCUGCUGCAGGACACACCGCAGCUGGGCUGGGAGGAGAGCUGCGAUGCUGCCGUCUCCCACCUCCUGCGGAGCUGCCUCUCUCGAAGCUCCAAGGACCAGGCCACCUCUCUGGCCCAGGCAGGAGGCCUCGUGCUGGGCCUCCCCCGCGACACCGCCCGCCUCAAGAAGCACAUCACCCUGCUGUGUGAUCGCAUCGGCAAGGGAGGCCGCCUCACCCUGGCCUCUGAGGCCAACGUCCAGGUCCCCGCCCAGGUCCAGAGCCUGGCUGCUCCAGGAGGCGUUGAGCCCAUUGCAGAGGUGGCUGGUGACGGGGAGGAGCUGGAGCCUCCACAGGAGAUGACCAAGUUCAUCAAGAAGAAACAGCCAUCUAAGAAAGUCAAGAAAGACAAGAAGGACGUGUCCAAGGAGCCGACAGAGAUUUCUCUGAAAGAAGAGGCAGGAGGUGCAGAGGAGCCCGUCAAGGAGGCGAAAAAGGAGAAGAAGGAGUCGUCUAAAGAGAAGAAGGAGUCGAAGAAGGAGUCGAGCAAAGAGCCCAAGGAGGAGGGGAAGAAGGAGUCCAAGAAGGAAUCGUCGUCCUCCACCUCCUCCUCCUCCAAGGAGAAGAAGGAGUCGUCGAAGGAGAAGAAGGAGAAGGACAAAGACAAGGAAGGGAAGGAGUCAGGAGACAAGAAAGUGUCCAAGAAGUCGUCUGUAAAAGUGAAAGAGAAGAAGAAGGAGCCGGAGGCUGGAGAGGGCUGACACACACACACACACACACACACACACAUAAACAGCACACAAGAUACAUGUCCAAACAUCAUGCAUACACUGUAUACACACCGCAUAAACACACAUAUAUGUAUAUACAGCAUCCAUGUGAACAUAUACAGGCGACACACAUGCGCUCACAUGUGCAGUCUAAAUAUAUAUUUACAUGUAAAUAUGCUCAUUCGAGGCCAUAGAUCUCAGUAGCAAAGCAAUUUCCGCCCAGACGCAUAUUUACAUCGCCGAGUACAGUUGGUCCACACUCACACACACACACACACACACACACACACACUCUGCAGCUGAACCACAUCCAGUAGUGUGUGUGUGUGUGUGUGUGUGUGCCGUGGUGAGGUCUGAGCCCGCUGAGAGCGACGAGGAAGGCGAAAUCCUCCUCCUCGUCUUCAGACAUUUCGCUGACUCUCUCCUUCCUCCUCCUCCUCUUCCUCCCCGUCUUCUCCGUCUAGCCUCAGCAGCAGUCGAACCCACAGCCCUGCUUCUCCCUAAUCCCAGUCAGGCCCCAAACCACCCACCCGCCCACGCACACUUCUUCUGGAUGUGACGUCGGACCCGCCCUCUCGCCCCCUCGCGUGGCACCGGGCCUCGCCGGAGCCUCCCCCGCCUCUCCGCUAAGAAUAAAUCGCCCGCCCGUGUCCAGCAGGCCUCGCUGCUUCCGGGUAAAUCGAGGCCACAUCCUACCGCCGCCGCCGCCUCUGUCACCACCGCCACCAGCACCCCCUCUGACCUCUUCCACUCAGUUUAGUUUUUUAAAUCUGUGACAGUCAAGGACGUGCGGCUGCUGACGGACGCCUCGUCGCAGCGCUGUGGGGUCGAACCUGAGACUGUUUUUGUACGGCGGAAACCAACAGGGCGUUUCUGGAAAAGGCAGAGUGGCAACCAGCCGCGGGGAGACGAGCCUGCAGCGCCGGCCCGACACCCGAGGCUGCUCCUGCUCAUCUUCACCAACCAUGUUACAGACACUCCAGCGCUCUGUGUCGGAUAUUUAACCAGCUCCAGACCGGACGGUUCGGUACGUCACCAAGAGAUGAGCGGUACUCGUUCCAGAGGAAGGAGCAGCAGAUACAAAUAUGUGUGUUAGCGACUAAAUGAUGUUGAAGGGUUCAGUUUCCUCACAUUACAACAAAGAAACAUGUUUCCUUACUUCAGCGGUGUCUGGCCAUGCAGAUAUUUUCUGUUCUGAAGAGAUAACAAUUAUUGAAAACUGCCAAGUGCUAAACGUUGACACAAAAUGUCCGGCCAGGUUUCUAGUGACACUUAAAUCAGCUUUUUACUGACUUAAAUCUGAAUCUGUAGACUGUAUUUACAGCUCUUUAAUGCUGGAGUGUCUCUUCCUCACCCUCAUUCAUCGUCACCUUUCACCCUCGACCCUUUCUCGUCUCCUCGUUACACUCCAGUCGCUCCAUAGAAAACGUCCUCAGCAUCAUCAUCCGGCAGCACUGCGACUCGCUGUGUUCACACACACACAGACUGCACUCGUUAGCGUUAAGGCUACGUGAUGUCACACACAGCUCGCCUCGGUGAACGUUCAGAAGAGAUUUUCAGAGACCGAUAUCACAAAACAACCGGCUGAUCGAACCAAAACUAUCUGCAUGGUUGGACACCAGUCGAGGGAAGUGAGAGUUGGUUGAUGAAGCGUCUUCAUAGAGACAUCUUGGUGUCAGGUUUAAAGGGUUGUUACACAGAUUUACAGACUAGUUUAUAUGCAGAAUAUGAUAAAAAAAAACUUAAUGUUGAUCUGGGAGUCUGUGUGGAGCCACUUCAUUAUAUAAAGAAACAUAAAAGCCAUUUGAGGAGUUUUCUUUCAAGACGACGUCCUCGUUUCACAGACUGGACGCUGUCGGUGUUUGAGAUGCUUUUGUUUUUUUCUCUUUUUUCAUUGUAUAAAUUUAAAGCUUUGGACAAACACACUCCCACCUCCAGUAAUUUUAGGGGCUUUGAGCCAUACCUCCGCCAGACGGGAAGCUUAAAGUCUUCAGCCAUAGAUGCUGUGCCAGCCGAAACGACAAUCCCAGCAGCUCCGUGCACGUCUGCACCGCGUCUGUACGUUCAGCGUCAGGCCUUCUGUCCACUGGGAGACUUGAGAUCUACCACGAUGGCUUUAUGUUUUCUUUUUUUUCCUUAGUUUUAAAGUUUUUGGAGAUUUAAGCACAGAUUGUAAAGAAACUUGAAAAGGCGUCAGCUCUUCCUUGCCAAGGAGGAUAGUUAGAAGAGUCUGUGAUGUUCCUACAGAGGUUCCCAUUGGACACGAGGUUCUAACGUUACAUGUUACUGUUUCAGAAAACCUUCAAUGUUUGUAACACAGAGUAGAUUUUGCACUGUUGUAUUAUUAGCUGUUCAGAUGUACCAGACUCCUGAUGCGAGUCUGCUUUUAUAGACACAGUUCAUUCCGGAAGAAGAUCCCCAACCGAGGAGAAUGAAAUGAACCUUAUUUAUGAAAUAUUUAGUAAUAAAAGUAAUCUACUGUAAGUAAU